AUCCCUCCUCCUCCGUGAUCUCAGCCGUUCGUUCUCUCGUAUAGCCACCUUACCCUACCCCUUCUUCCACUCUAUUACGAUCCCAACGCCAGCGGCGAAGCCAACGAAGAGCAAACACCAGAAGGAGGGGAAGACCUGCUCUCCUGGCGAUCGCGAGGCUCUCAGGAUGGUGGCGCUGCAACCAGAUCCGUUCCUGAGCGAGCUGACGAGCAUGUUCGAGCGGAGCACGGAGAAGGGGUCCGUCUGGGUCACCAUGAAGCGCUCAUCGAUGAAGUGCCAGGCGAGGUUGAAGAAGAUGGCGGCGAAGGGGGAGACGGUGGAGCUCCGGUGCCUCGUCCGUGCCACAGACGGCAAGAAGAACAUCUCCACCUCGCUCUCUGCAAAGGAGUACCUGAAAUUCCAGGCUUCAUAUGCCACAGUUCUUAAAGCCCACAUGAAUGCUUUGAAGAAGAGGGAGAGGAAAGACAAGAAAAAAGCUGCAGAGGCUGAGAAGGUACCAGAGAAGGCGCCAAAGAAGCAGAAGGCGGCAUCGUCUUCAAAGAAAUCUGCAGGGUUCAAGUCGUGAGUAACUGAAAGAAUUCACUAAGCCCUUUUUUGCCCAUAACCAGAGUAAUAUGGGUGUAGUCAGGACAUUAUCCUCCAUUUUACUCUUAUUCAUGUCCGCAAAAUGAAGCGUGUGAAUACCUUUUAUAGAGCUGUGCCAUCGAGAUUAGCAUUUUUGAAGCAGCUUUGGUUGUCUAGAUGUAAGCCACCCUGGCAUUUUCCUGAGUGCCAUCAUAGAAAGACAUCUCUCUUAAACUGUGCUAGAUCUGAUCGUCAAGUAAGUGCAGUUUUCAAUUGACAGAAUUACAUCUGGAGUAGCAAGUUAUGCAGUUGAGACUAAAGAAAUUCAGAUUUGUUGAUCAUCU